AUGUUGCGAAGACAGGUAACGGAAUUGGCUUCGACUUCGUCUUCUUGCCGGUCGACGUCCACAUCGUACGGGCGACCUUUUCGGAAUUCUGUCGAGUCACAUCACUCGAGCGAUUUGUCGAUCGAUGACGACCGUGAGCGUGAGAUCAACAGACAGGACUUGGAAGAGCGCGCUCGGCAACAGCUAGAACGCGCCAAGUACAAACCCGUUGCGUUUGCCGUUCGAACGAACAUCGCGUACGAUGGCAACUACGACGAGGACUGUCCGGUUCACGGUUGCGCCGUGUCGUUUGGCCUUCGUGAAUUCUUGCACGUCAAAGAAAAAUACAACAACAACUGGUGGAUCGGUCGAUUGGUGAAGGAAGGCAGCGAGCUCGGCUUCGUUCCUUCACCCGCUAGACUAGAGUACCUGAAGCUGCAUUCGUCCAAGUCUACCAAAUACAAAACGAGCGGUUCGUUGACGAGUCUCAGCGCACUAGAAAGCAUAAUGCCAAAGUCUCCCAGCAGCCGCAGUUCAUCUCCCCCUACUCCUGGUAUUUAGAA